UAAACCCGCCAAUCGCCAGGAAGUCAAUUCGACAUCCGGGCCACGACCCCUAAUCCAUCUCUAUUGCGAUCCACGACGUCGAUCCCCGAAGACAGCAGCAGAUCCAGUCAAACAGUCCGGAACCUAUUACCUCGAGAUAGAGCUCGUAUGAACUCGACAUGUCAAACCAGGAAAGCAGCAGUAGUGAUAGCGGUAGCAGCGAAAUCAAGGGGAAAGACGUAUCCGUAUCGUCUGACAAAUCGCUCGAGGUCGAUGGCGACAACGAUCGGGACGUGUUAGCGUAUCAACAAUCACAAUCACAACCUCGACAUCAGCAGCAACAGGCAUGGAGCCCGAGCAGGAAACACGGUCUGUCACUGCUCGAUACCCGGAUAUCUGACCGACCUGCGGAUUAUGAACCGCCUGCCUGUCUACGAGGUCCACCACCGCCCGACCUCUUCCUGAACAACACUUACGACAACAUGCACGAUCACGAUCACGACAACCACGCCGGUCCCUCAACUUCUAAUCACUCGGCCUACUCUUCCGAACGUUCCAAACGCCGUCGACUCUCCCUAGCCGAUUUCCGUCGAUCAGAGGGACCUCAGAUCAGGUCGGCUAAGCUCCAGGCGUUAUGGACUUCGUUACCUGACGACCUACCUGCCCCCUCGCCGGGACCUACGCCGACGAGUCUUAUGCACCUUCCAGGGCAGGGGACGAUAGGAACGUUGAGUCCGGAGCGUGUGGAACGGUUGAGAAGGCUGUAUGAGGAAGAGCUUAGUAGAAGGAUCAGCCUGGAGGAGAGGGAGUCGGCGAGGUUGUGGGGUGGGGCGGAUGAUCUUCCCGAACCCAACGCUCCAGCCGUAGCGACCACCUCUUCGUCAUCGUCCUCUUCGACUUCGUCGAUUACUUCGGUCAAUGCUGUGAAGAAGGGGAUCAAGUGGAAGGAUUUCAGGAGAUUCUUAUGGGACCAGGAGGAACAGCUGUGGGAUAUCUUCUGCGAUCUCGAUCGGGACGGAGAUGGAAGACUGGACCAUAAAGAACUGAAGGGAGCUCUCAAUCGUAGUGGCAUUCAAAUGACCGAUUCAACGCUUUUCGAAUUCGUGCAAUUCCUCUCGUCAUCAUCACCAGCUUCUCGACCGGAAUGUCAACCCAAGGAUAAUCCUCAGAGGGAGCGAGAGCGGAAAAAAACGCAGCAGGAAAGGACGUUUAUCACGUUUGCAGAAUUUCGGGAUUUCUUGUUAUUGCUGCCCAGGAAGGCUAGCGUGGCGGAGAUCUACAAGUACUACCAAGUUCGGAAACGAAUCAACGAUGGGCGAGGCGCGGCCAGGCUGAACAUGGAUGGAGAUCUGAGCGUCUCGUUCCCCAAACCUUCCUCUUCAUCGCCCACAGGCCAAUCAUCGGCCUCAUCUUCGAAUACCGCGGCACAUCCUCAGGUCGUUUCUGGUAGCCAUGCAGAUACCAGAGCAGCCGACAAGGCGUCACCGCCGGGUCACCAGAAACACGCCGUCAUCAGCUGUAAGGACCGUGAAGCGGGAAUGGUGGAUGGGUAUGAGGUUUGCGAGGACAAUGAGACUCAAGGAACUACUGAGCCAUCAUUAAAGAGGGCGGACUGUGCACAAAGUCAGCAUAUGCAUGAUGACGAUGAAGAGGAGGAAGAGGAGGGGGUCAACGGGAUCGGAGCAGAUGUUGCUUGGAAAUUCUUGUUGGCUGGAGGUAUCGCCGGUGCCGUGUCCCGGACGGCAACGGCACCUUUCGACAGACUCAAGGUGUAUUUGAUCACCUCGACUCCCGUUCCAGCAGCUAUGAGGGCGCCAGCAGAUCCCAAGGCGCCGGUGACCAUGACGAGUCGGAUGGUGGAGCAUUCUGUCAAGUACGGUAGUAAAGGUGUCGGAUACUUGGUGGAUGCGGCCACGCGAAUAUAUAGAGACGGCGGUGGCGCAAGGGCGUUCUGGGUUGGGAACGGGCUGAACGUGACCAAGAUCUUCCCGGAAUCCGCGAUCAAGUUCUUCUCGUACGAAUACUCGAAACGCUUCCUCGCUCGUUAUUGGGAUCACGUUGCCGACCAGACCGAGAUCUCCGGGACCUCGAGAUUCAUCUCGGGAGGGAUCGGUGGAAUCACCUCGCAACUGAUGAUCUAUCCGGUCGAAACGCUCAAGACACAGCUGCAGAGUAACCUCAACAAGGAGGCUCCACCCACCAAGGGUGCGAUCGUAGAAAGUGCAAUGAUCAGGACUGCCAAGGGAAUGUGGAAGCGGGGCGGUAUGCGAGCGUACUAUAGGGGCCUGACUCUCGGCCUUAUCGGAGUCUUUCCCUAUUCGGCUAUCGACAUGAGCACAUUCGAGGCGUUGAAGAUUGCGUAUUGCAAGUCGUUUGGCUUGGAGGAGCCUCAGACGGUGGCAGUCCUAUGCUUCGGAGCAUUGUCCGGAAGCAUAGGUGCCACCAGCGUGUAUCCUAUCAACCUCCUUCGUACCCGAUUGCAAGCCUCGGGCUCUCCAGGACACCCCCAAGUCUACACCGGGUUUAGGGACGUCCUCAGCCAGACGUUGCAACGGGAGGGUUGGUUCGGGCUCUACAAGGGUUUGAUUCCAACAUUGGCCAAGGUUGUGCCUGCCGUGUCUAUCAGCUAUGUGGUCUACGAACACUCGAAACGAUCUUUACAUCUCUCCUGAGGUGAAACGCGCCACUACCAUCCACAUCAUGAUCAUCAGCACUUUCGUCACGCGCGCACCAACCUCUUUCUCAUGAAGUUAAAACGAACAUUUUUACUCGCUUCAUUUGCGAGGAGCAUCACUGUAUUGAAACAGACAGGCUAUAGAUCGAAUCAGGCAAAUGAGCAUAGAAAAUUGGUCCAUCUGAGAAGUGCCGGGACCUUUCUGGUCGGCAUAUCAAGUCGAUCCAAUGUUGCUCCCUCUCUCUUGUCACCCUGGCUUCUCGGAGUCAGUCGGGCCCUAUCUCUCUGCUGUUUCACGUCAUCACUCGUCUGGUAUUGGACCCUUGGCUCUCACAGCGCUCUUCUUGUGACUAUGUAUUUCCUCACUCUGCUGCGCCCGCAAACCCCAGUUGAGGAAUCUUGCAGAUUCACGGCGC